AUGGACGCCGCACCGCCUGAAUUGCUAUCCCUGCUGUCACAGAUAUGCGGUGCUGUUAUGAUUGUGCUGUGCCUGUUCGGAGUCGUAGGCAAUUCCCUCUCACUGUUCAUCUACACGAGGCCUGCCUUCCGCAAAAGGUCGAUCAAUAUCCUACUGUCGGCACUGUCGGCUGCAGACCUUUCAGUAUGCGUGCUUUCGAUUCCAGUUUUCAGCAGUAGCCAUUUGCAACUUUUCUUACCAAUUUCUGAACGAACAAUCGCAGUGUUCAUGUUCUAUGCGUAUCCAAUUACCGUGAUGUUUCAAUCGAUGAGUGUUUGGUUACUUGUAUCGAUUACUGUCGAUCGAUAUUUGGCUGUAUGUCAUCCGUUUGAAGUUGGCAGUUAUUGUACACGAUCACGAGCAUUGCUGACAGUAUUGCUCAUUGUGGUGUUCUCGAUUGCUUACAACUUCGUUCGAUUUUGGGAGUUCCAAAUUAUGGAAUCUAGCGCAGAGUCUCUUGAGGCGAUCGUACAACCGUUGCUCCGAGACAGUGCAUUGUUCAUGUUAUGGUAUCAGAAUAUCGCCACAUUACUCUCGCAAUUCGUCCUUCCUCUUCUUGUGCUAUGUAUCCUCAAUUUGCAGGUGGCACGUACGAUUUUGAUGGCCACUGAACAACGUCGUGAACUUGUAGCAUCUGAAAAGCGUGAACAUAACACCGCAAAGAUGAUGAUCUUUGUCGUAAUCGUAUUCCUCGUCUGCUAUACGUUCUCAUUUAUUCUGAACGUUGCCGAAAUACUAUUUUCUGCUUUAUUUCGCCAUCCUAUUGGCUAUUUAUUAAAUGAUAUCAACAAUAUAUUGGUAGUGGUAAACACAUCAUCGCCAUUUGUUUUCUACAUAAAAUAUUCGACCAGGUGA